AUGCAGAAGCGGCGGCAUGCGAUGGAUCUGGUGAUCCGCGAGCUGCUAAAGGACCAUGGCUCGCAGAGCCAUUAUCCCAUCGGCAAGCUGCAUGAGCUGGGCGGCGCAUGCGGGUCAAACGAGCCGCCAGCGCAGCCUGCCGAGCCUGCGUCGGUUCUGUCAGAUGCCAUUCCGUCGUGGUUCCUGAUCAAGCCCACGCCGGAGCUCGAUGGCGUGCAGAUCCUGACGCACAACUACUCGGUGAUUACCGGCGAGUCAGCCGAUAAUGUCUUGGCUGCCACUCGCCAGCUGCUACGGAUCGCGCUGCAGGCUGCAAACACGCGGCUACUGCUGGAGGAGAUGGCAGAAACCCACUUGUGCCCGAGCAUGCUGGUUGUGCCCGACCACAAAUCGCGCAGAGAAAAGAAGGCAGGCCAGGCUGUUCUGCUGGAGUCGCAGUCAGACAUGCCAGCUACAGCGGCUACAGCAGUCUCCGCAUCUGUAGCCACAUCCGGCCAUCCGCAGCUUGCUCCUGAGGCCUUGAGUGCCGGUGGCCCAUACGACAUCGCGUCCGCUCAAUACAUGGCCACGUUCCCGCUCCAGUAUCGGACUCGUGCCAAAGUUGCAAUCCAGACCGUCAUCUCUGCUGGCAUGGUCAACAACCGCAUCGAUAAUCGGGAGAGCAUGUUCUUUGUGCGCGAUGGGCAGUCGAUCUUUUAUGCCAGUCUGGAUGAAGGCAUACUUAGUGAUACUGACGGCACUCUGCUGGAUGCGACGGUAGAGCCGGGAUCAGCCGAAUUGGCGCUGCCUGAGUCAGCAGUUGCAGAGCUCGGCCAGUCAACCAGCGAUUCGGCGAGUCCAGGCAGUGGGGCUCACACCGUUGCUACAACGUCACCAGAUCCAUCGGCGUUCACGCCCUAUGGCCAGGCCAAUGCAUGCACCACGCAAGCAGCAGCUGGUCUGCGCAAACGAUCGCCGCUAGUGCCUACAGUCAAUAUAGCAGCGCUUUCCAGUCUUGUGACACGGACGGAGGCUGCGACGCCAGCAGGAUCCAGCAAUACGGCGUUCUAUGCCGGCUCACCGCGGCGUGGUACUGGUCGGCGCAAUAUGCCUGAGACCGCGCCGCCAUCGGCCGUCCCGGGCUCGCCAACCGGCAGUCGGUUCAUGUUGUCCUCUUUGACAAAUCUUCAAGGCCAGCGUGGCCGAAACUCGAUCCCGGCGCCCAGCAAUGUAUCGAGCUCGUCUCCGCUAAUGCCGCCGGCCUUGUCGCGGUCACCGACUAUGCCUGGCACAAGCACGGUUCUGGCGACCGUAGCUGGUGAUACCAGUCCAGUGAAGCCCCAGCCGCCGCAGUCUCCACAUGAGGACAAGAGGGCAGAUGGAGCCUGGCGAGGCAGCCUUAUUCAGCAGAUCGGCGAGCUAAUCACGGCAUUGGUGACUAUGCCGUCCAUCUCCGACUCUUUGGUUCGCCGUGUGCCCUUAAACAGUCAGGAUGUCGGGAUUCUGAUGCCGCACUGCAACCCCGAGCCCACGAUCGUCUACCUGCCGUUGCCACAGCGACUGGGUGAUCUAAUGCAGCCAUUCUCGCCGUCACAGAUUGCGCUUGGUGCAGUACGCCACACAUAUAAGCACCUGCGGCAGAGGCACUAUCCGGGCGAAUCGAUUGAGGAGAUCGAGUACGGUAGUCAUGACGAUGGAGAGCCCCCCUGGAACAUGAAGCUUGGUGAGAUGAUGUUUAUGUACAACUUCAACGCCAAAAGCUAUCACCAGCCUGCGCCCGAGAAGGCCGAUAUCGGAUCGGGUGUCGCGGUAGUCCAAGUUUUGCCGCUGAACCGUGACCGGCAGACUGAGAGACCAGCUGGUGGUCACGAACCAGCGAAGCCAGCAGGGGCUGGGACUGGAGAACGUCUCUACAUCCGGACAAGCAGGCGGCAAGCAGAAGUCCACCUCAGCCUCGAAGGGGCGCAGCAGGUGCCACUGAUGAGUGACACGCUGGAGAGCCAGUCAUCGCCUGAGCUCCUGCGUCGCCCGUCGCACACGCCCUCGCCCUUGGCACAGUCUCGGUCUGGGUCGCGCACCAACGAUAGCACCCCGCCGAGGGAGUACCUGCGACAGUUUGAGCGGGCACGCGGGCACCUGAAGCUGGAUCCAGCUAAAUCAGCCAACAUGAACGAAUCUGAUGAAGGAGCAGUGUGGACCAGGGCCACCAUCCGCCUGGACCGUUUGCUCACGUACAUUUCGCGCGUGUACUGGACUGCGCUCGGCGACUAUGUAUCUGAACAGAUCCUUUAUCCAGUGCUUUCAAGCAGCUGGGCAUCCCAUGCGACACCGCUGAUGAGUCUGCCCGACCCGACGCGGCCAGCCACGGUCUAUGCGCAGAUCGAGCAGGCUCCAUUGGGCCAGUCUCACACAGCACUGCUUCAUACACGCGAUGCAUGCCUACCCAAAGCGCCCUGUACAUUUACAGAAGCGUCCAAGCAGCAGGUGCGCGCAAUGGAGGUGGCACGGCAGAUGGCCCAGUACUGGGGCCGUGAGGACUCGGUAAAGUCUGUGCUCUACCACCGCCAGAAGCUUCCCAGGGUUACAGCCAUCUCAGCAGUGCCUGAGCUGUUCCGGCUGCUCGAGAACCCUCUGAUUCUGACCGACCCAGAUCAGCCAAUCGUUGAUCUGCCGACAUCGCUGUUCCCAGCGUUCUCAUUCCGACGCCGCGGAAUGCGCGACAAGACCGAGCUUGCGCUGAAGGGCACGCGCCAGUCAUUCUGCAUCAUGAGCAAGCUGGCAGUAGCCGAUAUCAUUAAUCUUCAGAAGCAGGAGCAAGCAGCCGCAUAUACGUCACGAUCGACAAAGUCGCACAGUGUGUCGCCGGCUAGGCGGCCGCAGCGCGGAUCAGCGGCAGCCAGGCCCAACAGCGGCGUUGGUAGCAGUGCACGCGGCACGCCAAACUAUGCUCCAGGAACACAGGGAUGGUCCACGCAGCAGCAGCAGCAGCCAGCAGGCCGCGGCGGUCGGGGCAGCCGUAUGUCGUUAGCAACGGCUCGACAUGGCAGCUCGGGCGUGAACAGAAAGCUGCCGCCGCCGUCCGAGUACAAACCAAUCGCUGAUCCUGAUCCACCACAGAUCAGUGCUGGUCCAGAUUGCUUCCGGCAGUCAACCAUUACCUGGCUGGCAAUAUGGCUGGUGGGCGGCGAGCUCGAAAUGGUGCUCUGGCAGGCAGUCGGACUGGAGCGCGAGAGUCGUCGCAAGCAGCUGCUGGGUAUGAUUGCGUCGCAUAUGGUCGGUGUCUUCCCUGGCUACGACAUGACAGCUCUCAACAGCGGGGUCGUCAGCUCAUGGCUUGAUCGGAACGUGACGCGCGACAUUAUCAAUAAGUUUGCACUUGAGACGCAGCUGUCGUGCGACGACCAGGUGCACUACUUUAACCUGGAAAGGUACAUGUCACCCGAGUACAUGCAGCUAGUUGGCAUCGAGGAGGGGUCGGCUGAGCUCGCCAUGAUCAUGGCCAACCCACCUGUCAGCGGCAUGACUGAGAACGACAUGAAGAUGGAGCUCACUUUGCGCCAUCUGCAGCCAGAGCAUUUGCGGUGGGCGCGCAAGCUGACGUUCAUUGACUACACGACAGCCCUACUGAUUCGCUACGACGAGCUGAUGCGCAUUGCUGAGCGCUGGCGCCGUCAUGCAGCAAUCAACAGCCUAGCGUACUCGCACAUCGGGUACCCGCCAGCUAUGAUGUCGCUGGGCUCAAUGACUGUUGACACUCACGAGUCUUCGGCAGAUGGUCGCAAGGCGGCCGGGGACACCGAAGAGCCGGAGCAGGGCGAGAGUGCAUCAAAGGAGAAGCCGCCGCCUGCAGAGAUGAUCAUGGAAAACGCCCGGCUGCUGCACUUUGUCUGUGCACCCUUGCCGCUGACCAGUGCUCUGAAGCCAAACACCCUUGAUGUCCGUGGCUUCCUGCGACUGCUGUGUGUCAUAUCGGCGCUUUUGCAGAACCUGGCAGAUUCGUAUAUCGACUAUCUGUGCAGCACGGGGUAUGUUGUCACGAAGCGGUUCGAAGAGCAGUACUCAUGGAAGGAUGCGCUCAGCUCUCUUGGGUAUUCAGCCGAGCAGAUCCAACGGUUUACGCAGCAGGCUAGCCUGAAGCAGUCUGCCAAGCUGCCAUAUAUCCAAGUGCCACGGGCCUACCUCCGAUUCACUUCUGAAUGGCGAUCGGCUGUGCCUGGCUACGUCAAGUCGUCGGUCAAUCCGCAAUCGAUCAAGCGAUUCACGCUCGAGCUGUCAAAGUUCAAAAAGCUGCUGCACGCAAAGAGCUUUGUGUAUGACUUCCAGCUGCGCUAUGUAGCAUCUCUCCUCAAGCCCCUUGCAGCAGACGACCUGCCUGCUAGUGAUGCUGGUGAUGACGAAGACGACGACGAUGAUGAUGAUGAGAUAGCCAGCCAGAUGGGCAUUGAUGGGCGCAAGUGGAAUGCUCGGCUGAAGCGCGAUAUCAAGCGGACUGUAGCCCAGUCGCUGCACGUUCAUGUCGAUCUGAUGCGGUUUUUCAAUGCGCUGGCGCAGCAACGAUACUACAGCACACGCUUUUCGUCGCGCCGCCUGGUACGCACGCAGUUUGCCUACUUCUUGGACCACUCGGAGCGCUACCACUACUACACCGCUGGUACAAGGCCCCUGAUUGACCGUCACAAUAGCCAGCCUGAGGAUGCUGGUUCGCAGGAUGAUAAUGCGUCUCUGUUCGCAGGCUGCUACCGGCUGUACGAAGGUGUGCAGGCCCAGCUGCAAGAAUCUCAGUACGGAAAUGCGCUGGGCGAUCCAUUGCAGAUGAGCGGGCAUAUGGGGCUUUCGCCACAGUUUGGGUCGUCGCUGGGAUUAGGUAGUCGCCCGCUGAGCUCGCUCCACCACCAGCACCUGGGUGUGGCCAAGGGCAUCAAUAUUGCGGCAUCCGCACCUGAGCCUGCGUUCUAUAUUCCGCGGCGCCGCAAGAAGUCGGCAGAUCUAUCACGCGCCGGAGAAACACUCACCACGCACCACCGCAGAGGAUCAAGCAUCAUGUCCCUGCACAAUGACGAGCGCCAACCAGCUGAGCAGCGCCGAGCCGCACCACCGCUAGCUGCCUCUUACGCAGUUGGGUCGCAAUACCUGGAACACAUGGGCAGGGCACACCAUGGCCCGAAAGCACCAUCAUUCUCGUCCAAUCCGACAGUCCCUCCGCCGUCGCCUAAGCCUCCACAGUCAUCUCUGGCGCUCACCUCCAGCAUCGUACCUAGCACACACGGCAUUGCUGCCAAGUCAUUGGACUUUACUCUGCACGAGUAUGCGGACAGUAAAGUGCAUUUGCGCCAGAACGACUCGUUUGUGCGUGUUGCCCUGAUGGCAAUGACGCCUGACUGCGACUGCUGUCGGAAGGAGAGCGAGGCUGCAGCUCAACAGAGCAAGGAACGACAGCGCAAGUCGCAAGUCGACCUGGGUGCACUGGCAACCAAACCACACCACCGGCAUCACCACCACCACCACCAUCGACAUAAGAAGCACAGGCACCACAAGCAUGCAGCUGGCGAUGGUGAAAAGGAGGAACGGAAGAAGCACCGCACCAAAAAGGCCGGUGACAAUAUGCUGGUUGACCACAUCGAUGAUGUGUUUAUCCAGACCAUUCGCCCUGCAGGCCAGCUUACGCAGACCACCCGGCUUGGUGAGGGCCGGCCACCGCUCGAGGACGACACGUGCACCAGCCCACUAGACAGCGCUGCUCACGAAGCAUCUGCAUUUGUGUCUGGACUGCGGCAGACGCCGCUGCAACAGUGGAUGCACUCGCUGUCAAGUGGCAACACCAUUGACCUACAGCUUUCAGGCGACUCUGACGCAUCUGCUGAUGUUGUGCAAUCCGACAAUGCGCAUUUGACCUUCUACAUCAUCGUUGAUAUGGACCCAGAUACCACUGUUGGCCUGUCAAGCUUGAAGGAUGAGGCUGUGCGCGGUCGCAAUGGCUCGCUAGGGCCCCUGAAUGAGCCGCCUGUGAGCGAUCACAGUGACCUACUGCCGCUGCUGGGCAGAACUGCGGGUCGUACCUGCGACAAAUGCCAGGAGGCUGUUAGAAAUGGCAGACAACUUUGCUCCUUGCAUCGCAUUGCUAGUGUACUGUCAGCGGACAUGCGUGACUGGGAGAGCAAGGGGCAAUCAUCGACCGUAGACCCAGACGAGUACGACCGCGAAGACCCGGAUAUCCUGAGCUGGGUGCGUGCCUCUGCGGGGCGACUUGUUCGUCACACGUUUAGCGACUACCAUCGCGACCUCAACUGGUACCGCAUAUACCACCAUCUGCGUAUGGCCGAUCUGCCAGGAUCGCUCGAUCCGCAUAGUUUGCGUGAGUUGAUCGUCUUCCUCGAGCGCCAAGGCUGGGUUGAUGUCGCCGAGUGUGAUCCAGAUAUCCGGCAGCUACUGGACCUGGACCUCCCUACGCGUCGCAUCAUCGAGGCAUUGCAGAUGCGUUUGCGGCGGCUGUACUUUGAACCAACUCUGGUUAUGUCGUCGAUGCAGUCGGUGCCCAGCGAGGCAGGUGCCACACAGAAAUCUGACAGUGACAUGCAUAAACCAACCCGGCGUCGCACCAGCCCCUCGCACCCAACUUGCACAUGCAGUCAUUUGGAACUCCGCGCGAUCUCAACACUGAGCCUGAACGCAACGCCACCAGCAACUCCCAUCAGCGAUGCUGCUGGAGAACCCCUGAGCCGCCAUUCGACGAUUGAGCCGCACGAGACCACUAUGCUACGUCGCUCACUGCCAUCCAAUCCUGUGUGCCCUACAGCCGCCAUCGAUGCCUAUGGGCGGAUUCUGCGCGGCCAGUCGUCAGACAAUAUUGACCAGGUUCUCCGGCUCUUGUCACCGUUGAGCCGUCGUCCAGCGCGCAAAAUCCUGAUGGAUCCGGCAUUCCAAAAGAUUCUCAGCUCGUAUAUCCAUUUGAGAAUUGCUGGUAGCCCAUGGUUCUGUCCCCAGCACGCCCGCACGAUCACAGCGCCCACGUAUCAAUGGUCGCUGGUGGCCGAGCUCCCUGCUGAAUCCCCCGACACUGCAGAGGCUCCAGUCAUAUCGUCAGCCGCACCACCGUCAGCCAAUGUUGGUGUGCAUCGCCGCAUGGCGUACUUGCACGAACAGUCAGCCAACCCACCACUGCGCAUGCGUCGCUCGCACGGUGCAAGCCGCAAUAGCGCGUCGGUCUCGUCGCUCGGCGUGUCACCAGCCAUCGGGGAUGCUGUCGACCACCAGGCUGUGCAUAGCUCCAAACAGAGCAUCAGCUCUGCUGCUGUUCCGCAUUCAGUAAGUCCUGUACGGCCCGAACGUGCACGAGUCGAGGCUCUUCCUGGCAGCCUACUUGUUGUUGACCCUGACGACUCUGAGUUCCACGCCCGCAUGCUGCUGCUGAACCCAUUCACGUUCCAUGGGAUUCUGGAGCUGCUGUUUGUGCGCGAUGAUAUGUGCGCAGAUGGUAUGCGCCUGAAACACGUUAGGGCCAUCUCGCGAUCACGGCACAGAGAUGGCCUGUAUGAGUAUGAGCGCAAGCAUGUGAACCUGGUGUUCUCGACAGUAUCUGCUGCCGCCUGGGACGCAAUGGCCCUCUGAUACCUGAAGAACACGUCCGCAUGCAUUGCUUUUUAUUUAAACGCUUCAUCUGCACUGGUUGAAAUAAAGAUAGCCUUUGUCCUAUCCUGCUU